AUGUCACGAAGUGUACAACAGGGCUCACGAAUGUACUCAUGCCUUCGGCAGCUUAAACCGAGAAGCUGCAGAAAGACACAGGUCCGCCAAUUCUACAUGAGCUCUCCGCAGAGGAUGCCUCCUGCAGCUCCGAAAUCGAGGGAUCGCGGACCGGCGAGCCAAGAAGACACACAAACAGACUUUAAGGCAAUGGACAUCUUCUCCAAUACCCAGCAACCUACGACGGCGAUUGAUGCUUGUAUGGACGAUGGCUUUGCGCUGGACAGUGGAUUGAAGAUUACUGGUGCUGGGGUCAUGUUGCUUGGUGGAGAGGCAUUCAAAUGGCGACCGUGGAUACGAGAAAGUGCUGCGCCAGAUACAGCGCAGGACAAUGCUGCCACCAGUAAAGGAAUGAAAGGAAAAUUGCAAAACACCAAGGGUCAAUUUCAUGUGGACAAGCACGUCUGGGGUAUCCUAGAUUUAGCUUGGCCAAAACCGGACCUGCUUGUCCUGGGUACUGGCCGUCAUAUCCUACCUUUGAGCCCGGAGACGAGGAGACAUAUCAACGAGCUCGGCAUCAGAGUUGAGGUACAGGACACGCGGAAUGCGGCUGCACAGUUCAACUUACUCGCGACAGAACGAGGAGUACACCAAGUAGCGGGAGCACUGGUACCCAUUGGGUGGCGAGAAGACCGCUGA